GCAGAUUCUGACAGGAAGAGCUAUUGAUUGACUGUAUUUUUCAUGGUGUGAAAUGAGAGAAUUUGAUUCUUGCAGUUACUACAGCAUCUGAGACUUUGAUACUUUUAAGGGAAAUCUGAAGUGCUGUCUGUUUGCUGAUAUAAGAUACCAUCACAGUUUUCUGGAUAUUUUUUUUCCUGUAAUUUUGGAUUACUACAAGCAUGGAGUGAGGUACAAAUAUGAGUCACAGGGCUGCUCAGAAACUGAACAUCUCCUCAAAGAAAAAGCGGCGUAGGGAGCCUCCAGAACCGGAGCCUCCUCCUUUCCCAACCAGAUUUAGUGAAAUAAUCCACGCAAGUCCCCCGCCAGCACCACCAUGUUUACUCAGAACUGUGGGAAGAAUCCAGAACCCAGGCACUGGCAAGGUGAAGGUAAUGCUGAGGAUUGCUCCCACGGAUAUCAGCAACGAUACUGGUUCUAUCCUCAGUUCAGAUCCUCGUAAGAAACAAGUGACUGUGUACGACCCCUCUACCAGUGGCUAUGCUACCUCAGCUCAUCGCAGGACUGGGGCUGCAGCACCCAAGAUGUUUGCUUUCGACCAAGUCUUCUCACAAGAUGACUCCUUGACUGAGAUCUGCUCAAGCAGUCUGUCAGAUAUCAUUCAGUCUGUUGUGAAUGGAGCAGAUGGUUGCCUCUUCUGUUAUGGACAUUCUAAACUAGGUAAGUAUAGUAGACAACAGGAAAGUUGUCCCCAGGAAAUUGUACCAGUCAAGCCAUUUGUGAGAGACUGGGUUGAAAAACAUAGCGGAAAUACGGACAAUGUGACUUCUUCCUCUCUGAAAGAAGAAGCUAAUACUAGUACCAGCAAUGGAACUGGAAGUGACUAUGAUAAUGUAAAAAGAACCAAAUCUCCUAAAUCACAAAGAUCGGGUCAUUCGUCACCACGGACCCAGUCGCCAAGUCGUAUUCCAUUGCCUUCCUCAUCAUCAUCAAGUAGAUCAUCAAAAUUAGAGAAAGCUAUCUUGCCGCCUCCUGCCAAUCCAUCUAGGAGAACAGCAGACUGGAUACGGUCACUGAGCACAGACAAGGAGCCCGAGUCUACAGUGACAGCUGACAAGGAAUCUUAUGACAAUGUUCCCAAUGAGUCUGAGGCUGCUGAGACUUUUGAAAUGGCGGCCCAGACUUCGGACAAAGCUUCUAUUGAUGAGGAAUGUUUUAUGGCACCGUGCACAAUGGAGGAUAAACAACUCCAAACGAGUCCUAUUCCUUCAGAUCAGUUAUCUAAUCACCAAAGUGAGACAGAUUCUGAGGCGGCCAGUAACAAUCAAGGGAACAUGAGCAACCGGGAAUCUAUUUACGAACUUGAAGUAGAGGAACAGUUGGAAAUGAUGAGGCCAGGAGAAGUGUGGCGUAUUGCUUUUGACACUUCAGACUAUGACACUCUGAGUAAUAAGUCCACACUGUUGGAUGGUCACGAGGAACAAGUGAAUGUAGACAUUGAACACAUACAGCCAGUGGAACAUCAAGAACCAGUAGAACUUGUUGACCAAGUAAAAGAAGAUGUUACCCCAAUCAUUGAAGUAGAAAUCAUUGAUUUAUUUGAAAACCAACAGCUACAGCCACAGACUGAAAAAGAGGUUGAAGAAUCCAAAAAUGAGAAUGACACUGACAAAAUAUAUGCUGAAAAUGGCCAUAGUAAUAGGAUAGAAUCACAGGUUGUCCAUAAUGCUGACCAGAGUCCCCCAUCUUCAGAAGAUUCCGACAAAUCUGGCAAGAGCCAUAUCCGCCCUGCUUAUUUCCGACGUCCAGAUGGUGCCUCUAAUCCUAAUUUGCAUAAAGACCCUACAGCAGAUGAGAAAUCUCAGCAUGAGGUGGUGGCUGCAUCUGCUUCCACCGAGAUCACCACACAAAAGUGCAAUAUAGUCACAGAGAGAAUGGUCCCAGGGCAGUCUGCAGAUGACAAAAUCAAACCAGCCAGAGGCAUCCCCAAACUGCAGAGUCGACUCCCUGUGAAUAAAGCCUCCUCUUCCAGUUAUGCCAAAAAUAAACCUCCAUUGCCAAAUAAACCUUCGACAAAUGCCACCAAAUCGCCUAAACCACCCCCUCCAGCCAAACCCAUACGGUCCAGUAGUUUGCCUCGUGGAACCAUGUCACAGCCAUCAACCCCAGCAAAGAGCGUUGCCCCUAAGGCUGGGGGUGGCGGUAGUGGACAGCAGGGUGGACGGUCAGUCAGUGUCCCUGCCAGUCCUGCUGCCACACCCAGUCCCAGCAGGAGCAGCAAGACCAGCAAACUGCCACAGAAACCCAGCUCCACCAGUAGCUCCACCAACAGCAGUCCCUCCAGAUCAAGUGCCAGCCCUUCACGCUCACGAAGCAAAUCGCCCACCUCCAAACUUCCAACUAGUAAAUCGAGGCUUCCACAGUCUUCUAGCAAAGCCAGCAUUCAGAGUAGUAAAGACUCUAAGAUAUCCCCCAAAGUAGCAAAAGCCAGUCCCAAGAAGGAGAAAGAGAGUAAAUUGCCUGUCACCAAAGCAAGCAACAAUAGGGUCACUGAGCUUGUGAAAACUCGAGAAGGUGAUUCUGACAGUGGAAAUGACAGUGGCAUUGGUGACAAAAAGCUGUUGUCCCCUUACUCCACCCUGACCAAAGCAAGGACAUCCAGCCACUCCAGCAGUGGACAUGGGAGUGACAACAGUAGCAGCAUUAGUGGAGUCGUCACCAAGAAGGAGCGUCUCCAUGGUGGCACGAGCAGCGGCUACGAGAGCAUGAUAAGAGACAGCAGCGAGAUCACAUGCACAUCAUCUUCAACACACGAUUCAUCCAACGAAAGCUCAGCCAGUGGUUGGAUAAGGGGCAACAGGAUUUUCAAGAAGAGGACUGCAUCACGUAGAAGCAAGUCCGCUCCAGCUCGCUCAGACAAUUCCCCCAGCAGUUGUCCACAGAGCCCCAGCAGCCAACGUUGUGCCGCAUCACCAAAAGCCUGGGUAGACACCCGGCAAGCAGAGGGCACACGUGAUGAACCAUUUGAGCUGAAAAUGUACGAUGUUGAUGAUGUUGAGAGGAUGCAGAGAGCUCGAUCACGGGAAACAUCAGAGCAACGAGAAUUAGAUGGCAGGCGGAAGAAAAUACAGGGUCUCAUGGAUCGCCAGUCAGAGCUCAAACAAGAGCUGGCGAACACAAAAGAUAAACUUAUGGUAGAUAAGAGUGCUUGGAGUUACGAUUUGUUCCUGGCCAGUGAAAUGCAGAGGGACGAUCCGCACUAUCUGGAAGCACUGGAAAAAGAGACGUCAAUCCUUGAAAAAAGAGUAGUAGCCUGCAAGUCGCACAUCAUGAUGGUGACCUGCUUUGACAUCCGGGGAUGACUCCAAUGAGAUUGAAAAUUACUAUCAAAUUUUGGAAAUGACUUAUCAAAUUUUUUUUUUCUUUCUUGAGGACAGGUUGAAAAUUUUGUUGCAGAACGAAAAAUUUUUGCCUUUGUUGCAUAUAAAUCCAAUUUGAAAUUGUAUGUUAUGAAACCAAGAUACUAAAAGUUAGAGUGAUUUAUACUCAGUUAUAUUAUGUGAAAUUAUUUUUUAAGAGCUGUCCCUUAUGUAACUUUUUUUUCCAAUUAUUUGUUAUAAGCUGAGAGUAAGAUAGGUGAUCUUGUUGAUAUUUGAUUACAGUUCCUGAGAUCAUUUUGUAACUGUACAGCAACCUUUUUUGUUUACAUAUGUUAAAGAAAUUUUAAACUGAAAAUGCUUAAAAUUGAGAUUUUUAAGCUGUUUUACAUGCAUUUCAGGUGUACUUCUUGAUAUGUUUGUGGGCUGUGAAAGAAGCCCUUUUUGUGUUAUAUUUUUGUACCAACAAGAUGUUCAGUGCAUCCAGAUUUUAGGAUGUUUAAUUUUGUGCUUAAAUUAGUAACUGUAAUUUGGGAAAGAGGAGUUAAAUUAUUUGAUAGAAAAAAGGAUAUCCCCUAAAAAAACUUUUUUUUUUUUAAGUUUUGUUUUUCUUAUUAUUUCAGUGGUAAAUACUUUGCUAACCAGAGAGCUGGUGAAAACAAAAAUAAAUAAAAAAAUAUAUACUGUUAUGAUUUACAUCAUAUCAUUAAAGUGACAGAGAAACCUGUACAUAUUGUGUAAUUACAAACUGAUAAUUUAUAUAAGUAUAUAUAUAUAUAUAUAUGUUAAGUGGGUGUAUCAUCCUUGGUGCCGUGUUGUUAACAGAAGGCCACGUGUUGAAAACGGUAGUUGUCCUGUAGAGCCCGACUUUUUUGUACAAAGAGAAGUUGAAACUGCAACGUGCAAGUUUGAUAUUGUAAUGCUAAGUUUUGUAAUACCUCUUUAAAAUAUUGGUGCUUUAAUGGAAAAAAGCCAGAUACAUCAGUAAAAAUGGAGGCUCCUAUCAAGGCCUGCAAAGACUGAUGCUGUUUUACACACAUCCUUUACCUUUCGUCAGUGCUGGUGCACUUCAUUGACUUCCACAUUGUGAAAAAUAGUCUUCUUUUUUUAGCCUGGAUCCAGUUUAAUUAAGGAUCUUAAAGUAAGUUAUUUAGCCGACUUAGCAGUCAGAUGUAGUAACUUUUUGAUAAAAGUUGUUCUUGUGUUGGCUUUGAAGUAGCCGUGUAUUACUAACUGUUCAGCAGAUGAGCUGAAACUUGACUGUAUUUAUGUUCACCUGUAUACUGUCAUAUGAUGAUUAUGUGUAUAUUGUUCUUGAUUAUGAUCAUACAUGCAUAUUUACAUGAAAAAUAAACAAUUGAUGGGAUAUCAGUUCAAAGAAAAUAAG